AUGGCUAACUACUGGUCUGUUCAGGUUUUCUGUGGGGUUCUGUCCACCAUGCUCAUGGCCGUGGGGGCACUGGAUGGUGGGAUGGAAUGUACAGACAAGGACAGAUUACUGACAGAGAUAUCCAAAGAUCUGGACCCACCGUCUGAGUGUGUGCUGGGUUGCACUGUACUGACUUACAGAGCUAUGCUGGAGACCCAAGAUAUACCGACUGUACGCUUCAAAGACUCUACAGCAGGUGAGAACACCAUUAUAUAUAUAUAUUUUGUGAUGGGCACCGAUAUGGAAAAUCUAUAUCGAUAUCAGUUGCAUUUUUCAAUUAGAUAUUGAUAUCAUAUCGGUAUGCCUUGCUCAUUUCGAUAUCAAACUAUAUCAAAUGAUAUCAAUAUCAUAUCGAAUUAUCAAUAUUGGUAUCCACCCCUGAUAAUAUGAUAUACUGUAAAAGCACCAUAUAGCAUGAUAUAUCACAGUCUAAGGGAAUUGCUGAGAAUAAAAGGCAUUCAUUUCUAGAAAACAUUUUUUUUUGUUGCACUGAUAAAAAGGAUAUGCAGAAAAGACGAGCUGUGGUGCUGUGUGUAGCUCAGUUGGUGGGAGUGUCAUAUAUCAUAUACCAUGUAUCAUACUAAGACUAUCCCCUUUUUCUCCACAGGUGAGCAUGGAGAAUACUGCUGGUCUAUGAAAACUAAGUGUAGCCCCGGCGAGCUCCUGCUUCAUGUCUACAUCAUGCUACCUGUGGAUGUGUCACUGGUUAACGGGGAAACCCUCGGACUGAGAGCUACUCUCCCCCACCAUAACAACGUACUGACUCCUCUCAACGGCCCCACGCCACUCUCCAAACUCUGUGGCCUCCGCUUCGACGUCACAGACCAGUUCACCGUGACAAAGAGAUUUCCAACGUUCUGUGUGCAGGUGGUCCCACGGCAGAGCACCUUGGAAAACGGUGUUCAUAUUAGAUGCCCACCUUUCCUGGUGACGAUGUGGCAGAGGCAGACUAAGUAA